AUGAGGCUCAUCAUCCGCGACGAUGCCGAGGCCGCCAGCGCCUACGUAGCCAACUACGUCGUUGAUCGCAUCAAGCACUUCAACCCUACCCCGGCGCAUCCCUUCGUCCUCGGCCUGCCUACGGGAAGCAGUCCUCUCGGUGUAUACAAGAUCCUUGUUCAGAAGUACAAGGCUGGAGAGAUCUCUUUUGAAAAUGUCAUCACCUUCAACAUGGACGAAUACGUCGGUAUCCCCCGCGACCACCCAGAAUCAUACCACUCCUUCAUGUGGAAGCACCUCUUCUCCCACGUAAACAUCCACCCCCAAAACGUAAACAUCCUCAACGGCCAAAACCCAAACCUCGAAGCCGAAUGCGUCGCCUACGAGUCCAAAAUCAAAGCCGUCGGCGGCAUCGACCUCUUCCUCGCGGGCAUCGGCGAGGACGGCCACAUCGCCUUCAACGAGCCAGGCUCCUCCCUCGCCUCCCGCACCCGCGUCAAGACGCUCGCCUACGACACCAUCCUGGCCAACUCGCGCUUCUUCGGCAACGACGUCGACCAGGUGCCCCGGCUCGCGCUGACCGUCGGCGUCCAGACUGUCCUCGAGGCGCGCGAGGUCGUGGCCAUCAUCCUGGGCGCGAAGAAGGCGCUUGCGCUGCAGAGGUGUAUCGAGCAAGGUGUGAACCACAUGUGGACGCUGUCGAGCCUCCAGCUGCACCCUCACCCCAUGAUCGUCGUCGACGAGGACGCGACGCUUGAGCUGCAGGUCAAGACGGUCAAGGUAAGACCCCCAUCCUCCCUCCUUUCCCCUACACCACCAUCACCAACCAGAGGACUAACACCAGUGAAAACCCCAGUACUUCAAAUCCAUCGAAAAAGUAGCCCGCGAACAAGGCUUCGAACAAAUCCUCCCCUCCAAAAUCCGCACCGGGCCCUCCCCGCCCCCAUACCCAUAACCCGCAUCGACGAAGUCGACACACCGACAAUCCUCCACCCGCAACCCACAACCUCGCGUCUGCUCCGCGCCUCCCCGGCGACAGAGUACCCAAUCCGCUCGCGCUCCACGUCCCCCGACAUCGAGCUCGUCUUCGAGAGCAUGGCCUCCCGCACAAAGUCCCCCUCCGAGCAACAACUCCGCGCCGUGACGCCCGAUCUCGUCACCGAUAGAAUGGCGGAGCGGAUCCCGGGGGUUCCUGCGCUUGCGGGACGGUUGACACCUAACCCGGAACAGCAGCAGCAGCAGACUUCUUCGAUUAGUAGAUCUGUGACGCCCGAGUUGGUUCCGGAUCGUAUGGCGUCGAGGAUUCCUGAGCCUUCGCUCGCGAGGCGGUUGACACCGAAUCCGGAGCAGCAGAUGAUGUCGCGGGUGAAUGCCGUCGGUGCUUGA